GGGGACCGUGGCCAAUCCUGGCGUGAGGCAGAUCAAGCUCGAGACCGGAGUGCUGAAGUGACAGGUCAAAGAAAAGGUGAUGUAUGAAAACGAGGUGAUGAAAAAGGUGAAGAAAACGAGGCAAAGCAGCAGGAAGACAAGAUUGGAAAAAAUGAAGGCUGAAGAUGGUGAAAGCUACGCCAGUAAGAAGCAGGCAGAGAUCCUGCAAGAGUCUCGGAAGACGCUCCCAGAUCGCCAGCGUCGGUUGGAGGCUGCACUGUCCAGUCUUCGGCAGAUGUUAGAAAGUGAAAAGGACUUGGAGGAAGCCAAGGAACGUGAAGAAGCCCGUGUGGUGCUGGAUUCCGUGAAGCUGGAAGUCUGCCAUUUUUCUGUAUGGGAUUUUUUCUUUUGCAUUAAAUCCUGGGGUCCAUUCUACAAUUCAUUAUUUUCGGCCACUGCUGUGCUUAAUAAUAUGAAAACGUGGUUCUUUUUUAUGCAGUUGCAUCUAUUUUUCUUUGCAUAA